CUCGCAUCGAUACGUGUUAUAACCACAAAUCGGACGAUGGAAAUCGGUAAAGAGUUGCAUAUUGUUUGUAAGGUGCAAGGACGGCCGCCACCCAAAGUUACCUGGUUCAAGGAUGGCAAAUCGAUUAAUCGCAAUCGUAAAUUUUACAAAUUUCGGCAUUUCAAAAAGCGUUCUGAGCUGAUCAUUCGUUCGUUUAAUAUUUCCGAUACGGGGCGUUAUGAGUGCCGCGCUAAAAAUAAAAUCAACCAGGAGCCAGAUCGACGCACCAUUUUAAUCAAGGCAGAUCCAGAGCCACGUUAUCCCACAAGUUUAAUGGGCGGAACUGGUAACAUUUGCCCCGAUGAUGCUGCUGAAUUUUGUCUAAAUGGUGGGACAUGUAAUUUCUUUUCGGAAAUCGGCUCAUAUUCUUGCAUAUGUCCGGAAGGAUUCAUAGGCGAACGCUGCGAUCGGAAGGAAGUCAAUAAUAUAUCUCCUAAGAGGACGGUUUGUGGCAAGCUGGUAACCUGCAUACAGACGUACAAAAUAAAUGUAAUCUCGAACAGUAGUGGGUUGAGCGAUAGUCAGUUAUGCUGCUGAGAAUAUUUACACGUAAAUUUAAUUUUUUUUUCAAUUAAGCAAAAUAUGCCGUUUAACAAUGAAUUAAAUUUGAUUUUAAUAAUUUUAUAUUUUGAUGGCUAUUCCGAUAAAGAGCGAGCGCAAUAUAGAAGACCAAAAACUCCACGAAAUAGAACGAUGUUUGCGAUCAUAGAAAUUAUAGAAAUUAUUAAAAAACAAAAUUAUUAUAAAUUAUGUUAAUUAAAAUUUUUGAAAAUUUUCGCUUUUGAGCGUAUCGGUUUUGCACUUGGCAACCCGCCGACUUAGACAACAGUAUUUAAUCAAAAUGAUUUCUAAACUAAAAGUUUCCUGCUUACUUUAAUUAAAUAAAUUAACUUUUUUGUGUUAUUUCUUUUAGUUUUAUAAUUUUAAUAUUGAGUUUAAUUUAAAAGUCAAACAACUAAUUUUAAAAACAUAUUUUCACAUCCGCGUAGAAACAAAUAUUUUAAAUUGUAUUUAAAUUGUAAAUAAAUAAAUUUAGAACUGGUUUUCUGUGCUAAGUUUAAGCAAAAAAAUCGACUCACAUCACGAAUAUAUUGAAAAACAAAAAAAGGAAAGCAAACAAAAAAAAUUUUAGUAAAAAUGUUAUGAUAAAAUGUGUUGAAUUUAGUUGACAACAAACAACUUAAUGCUGGAAAUAUGAAGAAUAUAAAUUGGGCGAUCUUUGUACAAGGUGGCGGAAAAUCAAUCACCCUAUGGAAGAUGACGGCCGCCGUAGCCGAAGGCGUUGGUGCGUGACUAGCAUACGGAAUUCAGAGAGAGAACGUGGGUUCGAAUCUCGGUGAAACACCAAGUGAAGAAAAAGUUUUUGCUAAUAGCGGCCGCCUCUCGGCAGGCAAUAGCACGCC